CAGGCAGCGCCAUUCAUCGGAAGCCAGAUCUCGCUGAUCUCGGCGAGCAACAUACGCUAUCGUGGCACUCUGACUGCCAUCGACCCCGUCGCAGCAACGCUCACACUCACCAAUGCAGUGACCUCGCUGGGCACGGAGGGCCGUCAAGCGGAUCCGUCGAGGGAGAUACCUGCUGGCAAGGACGUUUACGAAUAUGUGCUCUUCAAGGCAUCGGAAGUCAAGGACAUUUCCAUCGAGCAGCAGCCUCCCGCCGCACCUGCAGCACAAGCACCUCAGGACCCAGCGAUUCUCACUACUACCGCCCCACCGCAAGCGAGACCACCAGCUCAGCAGCCACAAGCGCGACCUCCUCCUCAGCAACCUCUGGCUCCGCAACAGCAGCAGCAACAGCAGAGGACACCUGCCCAGCAAGCACAUCCCCAGCCAUCCGCUCCUAUCCAGCCCAAGUUUGCACAAUAUGUUCAUCCUGGACAUAUGCCCUACCAGCCAGGUCAGCCUCAGACGGCGACGAUGAGACCAUCACAGCCAGCACCGCCCUUGCAACAAUCCCGACCAAACGGAUCUGCACGCGGACCUUUACCUGCUCAACCGACUCCGGCCAACCAAGCAGCGCCCGCACCCACUCCUGUCGUGCCUCCUGCGCCCCGCACAAUGGCUCAAAUUGCUGCCGGUGUCAAAGCUUCCCCUGCUGCGCCCGCUGUACCACGGGCUGCGACAGCUGCCAACGUUGGCCCGCCUAUCGAAUCGCUCGCCUCAGGCGUUGGUCAGAUGACUAUGCAGGAUCAGAGCGCAGCUCAGCGACAGCAGCGCGCGCCUCAGCAAGAUCCAGGCACUGGACGAGGCCGCGGAAGAGGUCGAGGGCGCGGACAUCCGGGAAUUGGAGCCGAGGCGACGAAUGGACGUGGCGGCGGUAGUCGACGGGCUCCACAAGCACCUGCACGACCUGUCGACGUGCCUGCCACCGAAUUCGACUUUCAAGAGAGCAAUGCGAAAUUCAGCAAGGACGCUGCGCCAGACCUCGUCACGAUUCCUGCGGAUGAGACCUUCUAUGACAAGAAAAGCAGCUUUUUUGACGACAUCUCCACAGAGAUCAAAGAGCGGGCUAUCAACAAUGAGCAACGUUUCGAUCGCAAUGCUGAACGAAACAAAAAUCUUAAUACCUUUGGUGAAGCUGGCGUCGCAAACCGUGGCAGACGCGGUGGUUUCAGAGGACGAGGCGCUCGUGGGCGUGCGGCUGCUAUCGUGCGACAAUAG